AUGGGGCCCCCACAAUCCGAUCUUCCUAUCUGGGAAACCUCCGAGUCGAAAUCUGCUACACCAGAUGAGCCAUCAAUCAGAAAGAGCCCGGAUACCCCCCGUUAUUCUGCGCUCCUUUCAGCACAUAACGCGUACUUUUUAUGCAGAAGGUUCGACUGGCUUCGAGCUCGACUGCUUUUGCAGAAGCAAGAUAAGCUGUCUCUCCUUGAGGAGAAACUUGAACAAGUAGAUCGUCUAGAGGUCGCACCUCUUUACCUCGGGAAAAGCCGAAGUGAUAGGAACACGGAAAGGAUAUCUCUUCUAUCAGAGAUUGAUGCAUCUGUUGCUGAUUACGAGAGAACAAGCCGCAUACAUAAUUUCGGCCCUGCAUGUCCAAGAGAUAUUGAGAGUCUGAAUAACUGGUUGGAAAGGACUGGCUCUCUGGCCCGAGAGGAAACUGCGUAUCUUGCGCGCUCUCAUGAGCUGAUAUCCCUAGCUCCUGCUGGAGACAGUGCGAUGAUGCAGCUCGAGACAUGGGUCGAGGACAGGUUUAUUCGACUUUUUCCGAGUUUCCAAAAAGUAAGGACUGCACUGACAGUGAACCACUGGAUCAAGCUGACUAUUGGUUAUAAAGAGCCGUUCUCACAACAUUUCGAGGGAUCCUAA